AUGUCAAAUUUUACANUUUUUUCUCCGAAAGCACAAAAAAUUAUUUUGUAUGAAAUGGGAAUUACAGAAAGUGAUUUGGAUCGAGAUUAUGAUAAUGAUCCACGUUAUCGCGUAUGGGGUCUACCAUAUUUUAUCAAACCAUAUGAUCAUCGAGUUCUUAUACCAUUGUCUUUAACUCUAAUGGUGGGGACAAGAAAUCAAUGGCUUCGUCGUCCAUGGUGGUCUGCACGUCCGUUACACAUAACAGCCAUCGUUGGUGGUGUUAUUAUCGGUCAUUAUUGGAAAAAAUAUCGUGCUAAACAAUUGUUACAGCGUGAAUUAAUCAUUUGGGAUUAUAUUCGACGACAUCCAGAAGAUUUUCCAGAAGUAUUUCAUCGAAAGAAGAAAUAUAAAGAAAUUUUUCAACCGUGGUCUCCGUUACGUUAA